AUGGUCGGUGGCGGCGAGGUCUCUAUUCUAGGCACAAUGGUGGUCGUGGUGCUCAAGGCGCAGAACCUUAUCGACAACCACAAGUUCUACAAGCAGGAUCCCUACGCUGUUCUGAGCCUCGCGAGCCAGACACAGAAGACGCCGCCGGAUCCGAAGGGCGGACAACACCCGGUCUGGGACGAGGAGAUGCGGUUUCCAAUUAUGGCUGCUGAUGAUGCGCGGAACCGGACACUGAAGGUGAAGGUGUACUCGAAGGAGAAGAAGGAUGAUCUGCUGCUCGGCGAGGGCGAGGUCGACAUUUCCGAAACAUUGAGGACUGGCGAGUUCGACGACUGGGUGCCGCUCAAGAUCGGGGAUACACAGCGCGGCGAACUCUACCUCGAGAUGACAUUCUUCUCCGCCGGACCUGCGCCGCUGAAUAGGCGCAAGUCGAAGUUCACUCCCGCUCAGCGCCUAUCACGGCCAGCAGACACACAACAGUACCGACCGCCACAGCAGCAUCGGGGGUCGCAUAGCUCCCAAUCAGCUUCACCUCCUCCACAUCCACAGCAUCUCGCCGUGCCCAAUAGUCGAUCCCACUCUGGCUCGCCCGCACACAAAGACGCCGCGUUACCCCCGCUCCCAGUUCAAUCAAGCUCGGCGCCACCACAGGCCGUGCCCGCGAUCCUACGUGCCGGGGCCGGUGCAGCACAGCGGCCCCGUGUGCAAUCAACAGUUGCGCCUACUGCUCGCCCGAUGAGCUAUGCACCGAGCGAAAGACCUGUCAGCUAUGCUGGGCCCGACCUCGAGCCGGAGCUACCCACCCCAACGCAAUACAACCCGAAUCCCCAUCCGUUCCAGCAGCCUCAGCACCAGAAGCCGCAGCCCGCGACAUAUCAAUCCCCUCAACCUUCUGCACAACCUUACGUCUCAUCAUAUCCUCCGUAUCAUGCCGGCUCGACCUCAGCGCCAUCAUCGCCGCCGCUUCCGCCCGCACAGGCGGACACGUACGUGUCGCCGUACCCGCCGUAUCACACACCAUCGCAAGGGCCACCUUCGCCGCCUGCCCACGCGCAAACUCAUGGCCGGACGGCGUCUUUCAGCUCGUUGGCUUCGCAACAGCAGCAAUACGCGCCACAUCAACCCACCCACGCAGGAACUGCACCAGGGGGUUAUCCUCCCGCUCAAUCGCACGCAGCUCAACCUCCUGCCUCUUACCCGCCCCAAUCGCAGACUCCGCAACCUCCAGGGGCCUAUCCCACCGCUCCAUCGCACAGUACUUCGACGCCACCCGCAGGGUUCCACUUCCCGACACCGACGCCGAACUACUCCACUCCGCCAGCGAACUACUCUUCGCCGCCGCCACAGCAGGGGUACAAUGGUCCACAUGGAGGGUUCUACGGACCUCCACCUGCUGGCCGCGGGUAUGGGUACAACCCUAGUCAGUACGGUCAACCACCCCGGGUGCCCUCGCGUGCGAGCUCGAACGAUCUACCCGAUCCGUACCUCGAGAAACGGUACCAGACGCCCUUACCUCUGCCCGGUAGUCCGCCUACGACCGGACGCGUGCCCUCAUACGUGCCACCUGCAGUAUCCGCCCCAGCGCCAGCAUCCGUACCUGCUGUGCCGAGGGUUGACCCGGGUGAGGUCGCGGCGCGUGAGAUGCAAGCACGCUUGGAGGCGGCUGAUCGUGCCAGGCGGGAGCAGGAGGAAAAGGACGCCGAGUUAGCGAGGAGGUUGGACCAAGAGUUGAACAUUGGAUAG